AUCACCGGUACCGGCCUCGCUUGUCACCUGGAGGUCGGAGGAGCGAGCCGGAGGAUGAGUUCAGGUGCCUUUUUCUCUCGCAGGCUGGAUAGGACGGAAAAAGCCGGAGGACUUGGGGAAGUCAGGUUGCCUUUGCUGCCUUUGGUUGGCGCGCUCACCGCGCCCUUAGACUCGAGCGGCUGAAGGAGCGGACAGGUGAAGGGAUCGGAGGAGAAACCGGCGGCUUCGGUUGUAAAUUCUGUAAUUCUGGGCUGGCCGGUUAGGUUUCUGGGAGCGUGUCACUCUUCUCUUACCUGCGGGCCGGUGGAUGGGCUCUAUUUACACCUGGCCGAGCUAAGAGUCAACCUAUUUUCCAAAGCACCUGAAGUCUGGACAAUGGAUGGAAACCUGAUCAAGGAGAGAUUCAACUUAAAAAUAAGGAGAAAUUUUCUGACGGUGGGAACAAUACACCAAUGGAACAGCUUCAAAAGUUGUGGGAGCUUCAUCCCUGGAAGCUUUCAAAAAGAGACCGGAUUUCCAUCUGUCAAAAAUGGGUCAUGACUCCAAUCUACCAGCACAUCUUGGCCUUAGAAUUUGCCAUCAAAGAAAUCAACAGAAAUCCUCAUCUUUUACCCAAUCACACCUUUGGAUUUCAGAUCUAUAAUACCUACUUCAUGACCAGUUGGACAUAUCGUGCCUCAUUGGAACUUUUCUCUAAAAAGAGCCAGUUCAUUCCUAAUUACAACUGUGAUGCACAGCAUCGACCAAUAGCAGUCCUUGGAGGACCUACCACUGAGGUCCAACCUCUAUCUUGGUGUAAUAGUAAGUGCCAUUCAGGUUCUACGAGAAGCAAGAUAGAAGGGAAGCCAUUUUGUUGCUAUAAUUGUCUACGAUGUCCACAUGGAAAGAUUUCCAACCAAGUCGACAUGGAUGAUUGCUUUCAGUGUCCAGAAGAUCAGUAUGCAAAUGUGAAGCAGGAUUUGUGCCUUCCAAAGACUGCAACAUUUUUGAUGUAUGAAGAAACUCUGGGGAUCAUUUUCGCCACUUCUGUGCUUUUCUUUUGUUUGGUCACAUCUGGAAUCCUUUGGAUCUUUAUUAAGCAUCAGGACACUCCCAUAGUCAAAGCCAACAACCGGAAUCUCACCUAUGCUCUCCUUAUUGCUCUCUUCUUUUCUUUUCUUUGUUCAUUAUUAUUCCUUGGAAAACCUGAAAAAGUGACGUGUCUCCUUCGUCAAACUAUUUUUGGUAUCAUCUUCUCUGUGGCCAUUUCUUGUGUCUUGGCCAAAACCAUCAUUGUGAUUUUGGCAUUCAUGGCCACUAAGCCUGGGUCUAAGAUGACCAGAUGGGUUGGAAGAAGAUUAGCAGUGUCUAUCAUAUUGUGCUGCACCUUGCUUCAAGGAUUUAUUUGCACUAUUUGGCUGACAACCUCUCCCCCAUUCCCAGAUGCUGACAUGAGUUCAGGGGCAGAAGAAAUCUUUCUGGAGUGUAAUGAAGGAUCAGUCUACAUGUUCUAUUGUGUCUUGGGCUACAUGGGCUUCCUUGCCAUUAUUAGCUUUACAGUGGCUUUCCUAGCAAGAAAAUUGCCUGAUGUUUUCAAUGAAGCCAAGUUUAUCACCUUUAGCAUGUUGGUCUUCUGCAGUGUGUGGUUGUCCUUUGUUCCAACAUACCUGAGCACCAAGGGGAAAUAUAUGGUUGCUGUGGAGAUCUUCUCCAUUAUAGCUUCUAGUGUUGGGCUACUGAUUUGUAUUUUUUUCCCUAAGUGCUAUAUCAUUGUCCUGAGACCUUCUCUAAACAGCAAACAGCAGCUAAGAAGACAAACCCACAAAAAAACAUAAAUUAUAUGUCUCAUUGUUUUAGAUUGUUGUAAGAAAACAGAAUCAUUUAAUGUUCUGAUCCAAUAUCACUUACUUAGAAUAAUGGUUUCUAAUCUUCAGGUCUAUUUCUCACUUGAUAGACAAAAUAAAAUAUUGUCAUUUACAUAC